AUGGUCAGUUUUUUAAAUGCUAUACCUGAUAAUUCCUUACGUAUUAUAGUACGAAAGACACCCGCUGUUAGUAUCGAUCUACUCUCAUCCUUAAAACCAUUCUCACGUAAUCUUUGGUUAUUAGUCUUUGUUAUUUUUAUCUAUGCUGGUAUUUUGGUAUGUAUAAUGGAGAGACAAGAUAAUGAAGCAUUACAAGAUCGAUCAAUAUUGUCUCAACUUGCAAUGAGUGUAUGGUAUGCUUUUGGUAAUAUUGUUGGAUAUGGUGGAGAUUUUCAUAGCAGUACAGCUGCUGGACGGUUACUAACUGCUAGUUUAUAUAUCUGA